AGGCAGGAGACGUGCGGCCAGGCAGGGCUGCCCGGGGGAGAUGACUUCUGGCCAGGAGGGCGCCUCUGGGAAGCAGACCACGAUAGCAGCAAAGUUUCAGGGCAGCUGAGGAGCCUUCACUGCAGCCCUUCCAGCCCAAUCACCCCCCUGGCUAUGGAGGGCGGACUCUAAAAUGAAUCCCAACCUGGACACCGGCCACAAUACAUCAGCACCUGCCCACUGGGGAGAGUUGAAAAAUGCCAACUUCACUGGCCCCAACCAGACCUCGAGCAACUCCACACUGCCCCAGCUGGACAUCACCAGGGCCAUCUCGGUGGGCCUGGUGCUGGGCGCCUUCAUUCUCUUUGCCAUCGUGGGCAACAUCCUCGUCAUCUUGUCUGUGGCCUGCAACCGGCACCUACGGACGCCCACCAACUAUUUCAUAGUCAACCUGGCAAUCGCUGACCUGCUAUUAAGCUUCACCGUCCUGCCCUUCUCAGCUACCCUGGAGGUGCUUGGUUAUUGGGUGCUGGGGCGGAUCUUCUGUGACAUCUGGGCAGCCGUGGACGUCUUGUGUUGCACAGCCUCCAUUCUUAGCCUGUGCGCCAUCUCCAUCGAUCGCUACAUUGGGGUACGCUACUCUCUGCAGUAUCCCACGCUGGUCACCCGCAGGAAGGCCAUCUUGGCACUCCUGAGUGUCUGGGUGUUGUCCACGGUCAUCUCCAUUGGCCCUCUUCUUGGAUGGAAGGAGCCGGCACCCAACGAUGACAAGGAAUGCGGGGUCACAGAGGAACCCUUCUAUGCCCUCUUCUCCUCCCUGGGUUCCUUCUACAUCCCUCUGGCGGUCAUUCUGGUCAUGUACUGCCGGGUCUACAUCGUUGCUAAGAGGACCACCAAGAACCUAGAGGCGGGUGUCAUGAAGGAGAUGUCCAACUCCAAGGAGCUGACCCUGAGGAUUCACUCCAAGAACUUUCAUGAGGACACCCUCAGCAGUACCAGGGCCAAAGGCCACAACCCCAGGAGUUCCAUAGCUGUCAAACUUUUUAAAUUCUCCAGGGAAAAGAAAGCAGCCAAGACCUUGGGCAUAGUGGUCGGUAUGUUCAUCUUGUGUUGGCUACCCUUCUUCAUCGCUCUACCACUUGGCUCCCUGUUCUCCACCCUGAAGCCCCCCGACAACGUGUUCAAGGUGGUGUUCUGGCUGGGUUACUUCAACAGCUGCCUCAACCCCAUUAUCUACCCGUGCUCCAGCAAGGAGUUCAAGCGCGCCUUCAUGCGCAUCCUCGGGUGCCAGUGUCGCGGUCGCCGCCGCCGCCGUCGCCGUCGCCGCCUGGGCGGCUGCGCCUACACCUACCGGCCGUGGACGCGCGGCGGCUCCCUGGAGCGCUCGCAUUCGCGCAAGGACUCGCUGGACGACAGCGGCAGCUGCCUGAGCGGCAGCCAGCGAACCCUACCCUCAGCCUCGCCGAGCCCGGGCUACCUGGGCCGCGGCGCGCAGCCGUCGCUCGAGCUGUGCGCCUUCCCGGAGUGGAAGGCGCCCCGUGCGCUGCUGAGCUUGCCCGCGUCGGAGCCCCCGGGCCGCCGCGGCCGCCACGACUCGGGCCCGCUCUUCACCUUCAAGCUCCUGGCGGAGGCCGAAAGCCCCGGGACCGACGGGGGCGCCAGCAACGGGGGCUGCGAGGCAGCGGCCGACGUGGCCAACGGGCAACCGGGCUUCAAAACCAACAUGCCCCUGGCGCCCGGGCAGUAUUAGGGCCCCCCGCCCAGCUUCCUUUCCCUGGGGAGGAGUCGUCGUGGGGGGUGGGCGGGCGGAGGGAGGGAGGGGAGUGUCAGCGUCCUGUAGACACGGGCCCUAAGGGGAACCAAGGGGAGGGGGGCGGGCCGAGGGGCAGCUGCUUUUCUGGCAGGGGCAUGGGUGCCAGGUACAGCGCGGAGAGCUGGGCCGAGCAUGCUGAGAGCCUGGGGGACCCGACGCCGUCCGGGAUUCACGCCUCUCUCUCUCUCUGUAUAUAUAUAAACGAGUUUCUCUCUACAUGUAUUUAACCCUGGGUACAGGUGAAUGUCUGUGCGGUGUACCUGUGGUCUGCAUGUGUGCGUGUGCCGGGCGGCCCGCGUGGGGCCAGAGCGUGUGUGCGCCCAGGGGACAGCCGGAGGCGCUGUUGUCUUGUAACUUCGUACCUCUCAAGCCCCUCCUUGUACUUCACUGAAUGGUGGGACUUUUGAUGUGGAAACAAAGUCUGAUAUUAAAGAUUAUUUCUCCUG